AUGGCUCCUCGGUUAGUUUUUCUUGCAGCCCUUUUGCUGUUCUUCCUUGCUCAGGUUUCAUCUGAUGUUGAAAUUGAAGACCAACAGAAAUUGGCGAUCAGAGGUGCUAACAGAAGGCUGUUGCCAUUCACGGAUUGUGCAGGAUUGUGCAAGGUGAGGUGCAGCUUACACUCAAGGCCAAAUUUGUGCAGCAGGGCCUGUGGCACUUGCUGUGUGAGGUGCAAAUGUGUCCCCCCAGGCACUUCAGGGAACAGAGAAAUGUGUGGAACUUGUUAUACUGAUAUGACUACCCAUGGAAAUAGGACCAAGUGCCCUUAA